GCCUCCGUCUAUGGGCCAAGACGAUCCGUCGGGAGCUUGAAGUUUGAUAUUCGCCCCAAUGAAGACUUCAAAGCGGUCCGGGAGAGGAUGUGGGGUGUGGUUAAAGGGCUACGGGACAUGAGCAUUGUCGUGCCAAGCGUGAAGGAUUCCCCCAACCCACGACCAGCCUGGGCAGCGUUCAUGAAGACCAAGGAAGCCCGGAAGAGGUCCGCCCUUGUGAGCCAGAUCAGGAGGGUGACCACGCAGUUGGCGGCGGACUGCACCACAGAGCAAGGCGGCGAGCGGGACGAUUUUCACAAUGGAAUUUGGGAGGACAACCUGUU